AGUUCCUCCUCCCUCGCGGAGAAACCUAGCUCUUCUUUCUCUCUCUUUAUUUUCAACCCGCAAAUCUCUCUCUCUCUAGUUGCCUAUUGUGCGUAAUAUCGAAGCGGUCAGUUUUUUUUGCUUCACUGUUCAUCAUAUCAACUGCUAGGGUUUGCCCAAAAAUGUCAGGUGCCGCUUCGUUGGACAUGACUCUCGACGAUCUGAUAAAGAACAACAAGAAAUCCGGCGGUGGCAGUAGCUUCAGAGGUAGAGGUCGAGGCUCCGCCCGGCCCGGAGGCCCAGCUCGUCGCCUCCCCAGCCGGAGUUCUAAUCGAGCUGCGCCGUACACUGCCAAGGCACCGGAUUCGAAUUGGCAGCAUGACAUGUUCAGUUCGGAUCAGGCGAUGGCUUACGCAGCUCAAGCAGGUGGUCGUGCCUCUUCCAUCGAGACUGGAACUAAACUUUACAUAUCUAACUUGGACUACGGUGUGUCCAACGAGGACAUCAAGGAGCUCUUUUCGGAGGUUGGUGACCUGAAACGAUACGCCAUUCAUUAUGAUAGGAGUGGGAGAUCGAAGGGAACAGCAGAAGUUGUCUUCUCUCGCCGACAAGAUGCUUUAUCCGCUGUCAAGAGGUACAAUGAUGUUCAACUUGAUGGGAAGCCUAUGAAAAUUGAGAUUGUUGGGACAAAUAUUUUAACUCCUGUGGCUCCAGCUGCAAAUGGAUCUUUUGGAAACUCAAAUGGGGUUCCAAGAAGUGGACAAGGAAGGGGUGCCCCAUUGGGAAGGACGCGUGGUGGCGGCCGUGGGUUUGGAAGGGGCCGUGGCCAGGGAAGGGGCCGUGGUGAUAAGAUAUCUGCUGAAGACCUUGAUGCAGAUUUAGAGAAGUAUCAUUCUGAGGCAAUGGAGAUCAACUGAACAAAUCUGUUAUGUUUAUCACUUCACAAUUUGCUUCUGCUUUAGCCAUUGUGUGCUUGAAUAUGCAAGUAUGCUGACUAAUUUGUGUAUUUCAAUGUUCCAACUUUUUAGAGUAACAAGGAAGAAACUGGUACAGAGAACUGUUAGAACCUUGGUUAAUGGAGCAUAGGCCUUUUCUGUAUUGUUCCUUUCA